GAGAUAUCGUAAUGGCUCGUACUAAGCAAACCGCUCGUAAAUCCACCGGAGGAAAAGCUCCUCGUAAACAGCUUGCAACCAAGGCUGCCAGGAAAAGCGCUCCAGCCACUGGAGGUGUGAAGAAACCCCAUCGUUACAGGCCCGGUACUGUAGCUCUUCGUGAAAUCAGACGUUACCAGAAGUCUACUGAGCUUCUCAUCAGGAAGCUUCCCUUCCAGCGUCUAGUCCGUGAAAUUGCUCAAGAUUUUAAGACAGAUCUCCGUUUCCAGAGUUCUGCCGUUAUGGCACUUCAAGAAGCUAGCGAAGCUUACUUAGUCGGUCUUUUCGAAGAUACCAACUUGUGCGCCAUCCAUGCUAAGAGAGUGACCAUUAUGCCAAAGGACAUUCAACUUGCACGCCGUAUCCGUGGCGAGAGAGCUUAGAUGAGACUUUGCUAUAUUUCAACAACGGCCCUUUUCAGGGCCCAUAUUUUCUUCAGGAAUGUCUUCUCGCUGCUUGUGGAUAUUUUCGACUUAUUACAGCUUUAUUUAUGGGUACAAAAUAUUUCUAUGCUAUGAGUGAAGUACCCUAGCAACUUUUGUUCCCCGGCUAAUAAUUCGUUGCCUGGGAGUCCUACUUUUAUUCGCUUUCCCGCUAGAAGAUAGUAACUGUCAGCAUGUAUUGCUCAGUAAAGCUUUUGCAGAUUUAAUUGCGAAGCAAACAUUUUUAUACAGUAUGCUGUAUGAGCAAUUUCCUGCCGGUGAAUUUUCUUACAGAACGAACUAUUAAAAAUCUGCUUUUAACCGCUAUCAUGAAAUCAUUUUCCCGCUUCAUAUAUAUAUUUUUUUUUUUUUAGACUAAAUUUCCCUCCGCUAGUUAGUCGAUAAAUUAAUUUUUAUAAACAAACGGGAUUUUUUCUAAAAAGGAAAUGUAUAUAAUUUUUUUACGCAAAUAUCAGUUCUUGCAAUUCGUUCGAAAAUGCCACCAA